AUGGGACCUUCGUUUCGCAUGAAGUCGGCUCAUCAGGCCGAUGCUAAGGGUAAAGGGAUCAUGUACGAAGAUGAUGAUGAUGCGCCAAUUAAAUUGUUGGAUCGUGAUGAUUCCUAUCUCAUCAAGGAGUUCGGCCUCUCUCUGAUCAGAAAGAUUCUUAACCACCGAAAACAGAGUGUGGAGAAGCUCCUUCAAACAAUGCCAGCUCAAUGGGGUUUGGCUGACAAAAUCACGGCAAAUGAUCUAGGGAAUGAGAAAUUUUUGCUUAACUUUACAUCAGAGGAGGAUCUAAACUUUGUUAUAAGGCAGGGGCCAUUUCAUUACAACUUUUGUAUGUUCGUACUUGUUCGUUGGGAACCUAUCGUUCACGACGACUACCCAUGGAUCAUUCCAUUUUGGGUUCACCUGAUUGGGUUUCCUCUACAUCUGUGGACAGACACAAACCUGAGGAACAUAGGGGGACGCAUUGGUCAUAUAGAUACUCUAGAGCUAACUGAGGGCCGUAUGCUCAUCGAGGUAGACUCUCGCCGGCCCUUGAAGUUCUCAAGAAAGGUUGAGUAUGAAGGUGACGAGGUUACGAUUAAGAUUAAGUAUGAUAUGCUGUUCAAGCAUUGUACUAUCUGUGGAAUGAUGUCUCAUGAAAAGGGAUAUUGCCCCUCUCUUGACAUCAGAGCAAGGAUCCAACCACGGCUAGAGCGACCAGGCGUGUUCUCGCGUGUACAGCUCCCUCAAGAACAGAUGUUACACACGCAGUCCUCGCAGCAAUCCUCUCGUCAGUCUUCGCUGAUGGGAAAGGAACCACAACAUCGAUACGCCUCUUCGCAACCUACACGAGAUGAUCUACGUACCAACUUCAGUGGGAGCAAUUAUGAGAACAGGGGCUCUAAGUCUCGCGCUUGGGAGGACAUAGAUCAACAAGGUCAUCACAGUGAUAGGGUCAUGCGACGCCGUCAUGAAUACAAUCGGACCAUUAGAGAUGGUGGAACACGCCUAUGGUGGAGAAUGUAA